GCCCCGGGCUCCCAGUCUCCAGACCUCCUGACACCAGCCCCCCGCAGCCACCGCGCCCUCGGGCGCGCACGACGAGCCGGUGAGGGCCGCUCCGUGGCUUGGCGCCUUCUCCCAGCGCGGGGCCGGCGCCCAGGUCCUGCACCCUCCGGCGGGACGCGCCGGACCCUUUUUCUGAGCCCGCCCGGGAGUCUCAGAAGCCCAGACCGUGGAGGAGGUCAAGGCCAACUCCGGGAAGAUGUACCCGAGCCUGGCAUUGGCCCCAAGCCCCGGCCAGGCUACCUACGCAGACUCAGGCGCCUUUCUGCACGCACCAGGCGCCGGCUCCCCGGUGUUCGUGCCGCCGGCGCGCGUCCCCUCUAUGCUGCCCUACCUGCCGGCGUGUGAGCCCGGCCCGCAGCCCUCCGCGCUCGCCGCGCACCCCGGGUGGGUGCAGGCGGCCUCGGCGGACUCGUCGGCCUUCGUCUCCGGCAGCCCGCACCCGCCAGCCUCCCAGCCGGCCGGAGCCACCUCCUUCUCCUUUGCACACAGCCCCCCAGGGCCGGGCGGCGGUGGUGGUGCGGGAGGCCGGGACGGCGGCGGCGCCUACCACGGCGCACUGCUGGCUCACGACCCGUACCCGGCCCCGCUCGGGCGACCUGUGGGCUCCUCGUACCCCACCGCGUACCCGGCCUACGUGAGCACCGAGGUGGCCCCGUCCUGGGCCUCCGGACCCUUCGAGGGCAGCGUUCUGCACAGCCUCCAGGGCCGUCCGGCGGGCCUUCCUGGCCGAAGAGCCACCUUGGUGUCUGACUUCUUGGAGGAGUUCUCUGGUGAAGGUCGUGAGUGUGUCAACUGCGGGGCCCUGUCCACACCGCUCUGGCGCCGGGAUGGCACCGGCCACUACCUGUGCAAUGCCUGCGGCCUCUACCACAAGAUGAACGGAGUCAACCGGCCGCUGGUGCGGCCCCAGAAGCGCCUGUCCUCGACCCGCCGUGCCGGCCUCUGCUGCACCAACUGCCACACGACCACCACCACGCUAUGGCGGCGCAACGCAGAUGGCGAGCCCGUGUGCAAUGCCUGCGGGCUCUACACCAAGCUGCACGGGGUGCCCCGGCCCCUGGCGAUGAAGAAGGAAAGCAUCCAGACUCGGAAAAGGAAGCCUAAGAAUGUUGCCAAGACCAAGGGCCCCUCAGGGUGCCCAGGGAACACCACAGCCUCCCAGCUGUCCUCCAUCCCCACCCCUGCGAGCUCAGCGGCCACUCUGAAACCCAAGCCCAACCCGGCAUCCCCUACUUGCCCUGGGCCCUGCCUCACCUCCCAGGCCUCCAGCCAGGUGGACGACCCCCUGGCUCCCAGCCACUUGGAGUUCAAAUUCGAGGGUGAAGACUUCCCCCUCCCCUCCAUGGCCCUGGGCUCCCAAGCUGGACUGGGAGGGGCCCUGCGCCAGGAGGCCUGGUGUGCACUGGCCUUGGCCUAGAUUCCCAGUCACCCACCAGACCCACCUUGUGAUUUGCGUCGCUUCAGCACAAGGGACAGACCACUGGGCCACCCACCAGGAGAGACAGCAGCCAGCAGGAUCUCGAGGCACUGGGCCUGCAGCGGAGAGGCCUGGACAGAUGGCAGUCAGGCCCCGGAGUGGGGUGAAGGCCUUGGGGACAGAGGCCCGUGCCCCCCCAAUAAGGGACCCCCAAAUGCUGCACGAGGCUUCACACCACUCUGGCCAGGGGUGCCUACCGCCAACCUGAAUUCCGUUGUCAACACUUGCCGCUGCCAUGUUUACAGGUGGCAGCUGCUGGGAAAAACUCAACCUUUUGUUGUGAAGCCAG